AUGUCGGGUUGGGUGUGCUCGCAUGUACUGGCAGCAGCGGCUAUCAAGCAACACCUAAAUAUUGACGAAAUUCAAGCUGGAAUCCCCCACCGCCGUCGCCCUGGACGGCCACGCAAGGAGCUCCGCUGUCUUGUUCGAGAUAGUCUCGAAGCUGCUGAAGGUGACGACACACGUUCGACUGGACCGACGGCUCGGCUUAAACGACAUCUGGAAAAAUACCCAAGCGAGGCUAUCGGAUACAAAUCCUUGCAUCGCUUUAAAACGUCGUUACCUGAAUCACCAAAGGAGUUCCAGAUCAGCUGCUUCAGUGGUGUAGUGACCUCCGUUCAGGCUGACAAUAAGCCAGUUACUUGGACGAUCACGUUUACCGAUGCUGAUAGUCAUGACGUUGAAGUGGAUGAGCUCGUGACGGACAUUACCAUGGCUACCAGCCGCCACAUUUAA